CGGUCCGCCACUGGAGUGGGGUGGAAACCAAAGGACAGAGUAUUGCUACUGAUGAAAGACUGUCAGCGAAUAUGUACUGACAUGGAGAUUGAUUUCAAGCUCUGUGUACAUGCCGGAUUGUUUACCAUGGAAAGCCAUUAUUCCGUUCCGAUGGACUCACCGCAACCUGCUUUCCUACAUCUGUUGACCUCUUGUUCGAUAUCAUUUCAGUCUCCUCGACUGCCAGGCUGAUUUCCUUAUACGUAGGCCGCCCAGAUACGCACACCACAAAGCUAAAGAAGCUAUUGUCAUCUUGUCAUCCGGUGGAUAUCCCGGUUCAGUCCUACGGACAACUUGAAGCUUCAGACAAUUGUCCUGCUCGAGUAAAAGGAAUCAAUGCAUCAACACAAAAGCCCCAAAUGAAACGAACACAUUCCGGCUCUCCUGUUCCUGCUGCAAAGCAAUCUAAGCAUGUUGCCGCCGCCACCUGCCUGACUGAUGACGCUCUCAAGGAGCAUGAUCAAAAGACACGGCCGCUCUCAUUUCUCACACUGCUUGACAUGGAUCAAGAGGGGAAGGUUAACAGCUUGUCAGCUGUGUCUGAGUUAUCUUCUCCAUCCAAACAGUCUUCUCAGAGCUCGUGGUCAAGCAGACUAUCCAGGCACAGUGACGCGCGAUAUCGUGGCAAUACUCUCAGACGUGCAAACAUUCAUGUCGACGGCGAGAUACCAGCGGACAUCAGUCAUUAUGCCAAUAAUAGAGUUUUCAAUUUGUUUGAUGGUGAUGAUGAGCAUCUACGAAAAAUCUCCCAGCGUCUUUGGGAAAAAUCCAAGGAAAUUGUCAGAAUCUCUUCAGGGAAAACCGAAUGGACAGGAGCCUUGUAUAGAGCAAUUGACGAGUUAAGUCCAACAGGGCUGAGAAUCGCGUAUAAUCAAGUCUGGCGUGGAGAUUUGAAGCCUCCGGUGCAUAACCCUUUACCCAGGAUUCCGCGAAAACAGAUCCAACCACACCAGCCUUUACCGGGAAGCUCUACCACCGACAAGCUGUAUCGAACUACCCAAACUCUGCGUGAACUUGAAUCAGUCCUUCCUAUGUUCAAGCUCAAAGAUCCCCGGCCAGAUAUAGGCGUCGGUCUAUCUGACGAAAGUUUGAGCACUUCCCUCGAGCCCCAGAAAGGCCGCAACGCCGCACAAAACUUUCUGUUCGACUUGCAAGAUAUGUGCAUCUUAACAAGUGAUCCACACAUCAACCCAUUGAGCAUUCGGUUCCCCUUUCUGAUUGUCGAAGUAAAGUCCGCUGCAACUGGGGGGAAUCUCUACGAGGCACAGAAUAAAGCCGCGGUAGGUGGUUCAACCGCACUUCAGAUCUUGAAAGAACUUGCAGAGCUUCGAUUCAAUCGAAAUUCGAAUCAUGCAGAAAAGGCAAAAAAGCAAGAAAAUAUCGCAGAUGACAGAGGCUCAACUCAAGCCAUGACUGACAUCACAUCAAACAUGGUGUUUUCUAUCACCACCGAGGGCCCGACCCACGAAUUAUGGCUUCAUUUCCGGCGACCUAAAAAAGACGACUUCUACAUGGUCUGUUUGGGGGUCUGGAGGACAACUCUCAAAGAUGAUUCGCUGAAGUUUGUCCGCCGUCUUUCGGCAAUCCUAAAAUGGGGGAAUGGUGCAUUUAGAGAGAGUAUUGACGGUAUUCUCCAGAGAUUAUGACUGACCUAGCCUUCGACCACAUUGUGCGAUGACCUAGGCGAUGGGCUCGUGAGCUAGUAAUCAUAAUGACUGUACAUAAGGAUGCCGUUGCUUCUUACCUAGCAAAUCCACUAUGGCUUAUACUAUGUAGAUUGGUGCUGGGAACGACAG